AUGUGGCGAGAUCUUGGUCUGACCAUCAUGUCGACUUGCUUGCUUGCUCGCUUGUUUGCUUGUUUUGCCUUUGCUUGUUUGCCUGCUUGCUUGCCUUUGUUUGCCGCUUCUGUUUGCCUUGUUUGCCUGCCCGCCUCGCCUGCCCGCCUGAUCCUCUGUCUGCCUUGCUUGCUUUUUUCGCCUUGCCUGCCUGCCUUGCCUGCUUGCCUCUGCCUUGCUUGUCGCCUGCCUGCCUGCCUGCGCCUGCCUGUUUGCCUGCCUGCGCCUGCCUGCCCGCCUUUGCCGCCCCGCCUUUCGCCUCUUGCCUCGCCUGCUUGCCUCCCGCCCGCCCGCCUGCCUGCCUCCGCCUUGCCUGCCCCGCCUGCCUCCGCCUCCUGCCCGCCUGCGCCCGCCCGCCUCGCUCUCCGCCCCGCCUCCCGCCCGCCUGCCCGCCCGCCUGCCUUCGCCUCCCGCCCGCCUGCCUGCGCCCUGCCUCGCCCGCCCGCCUGCCUGCCUGGCCCGCCUCGCCCGCCCGCCUCGCCCGCCCGCCCGCCUCGCCUCGCCUCGCCUCCGCCUGCCCGCCCGCCUGCCCGCCCGCCUCGCCUGCCCGCCUCGCCUGCCCGCCCGCCCGCCUGCCCGCCUGCCCGCCUGCCUCUGCCCGCCUGCCUGCCCCCCGCCCGCCUCGCCUGCCUCGCCUGCCCGCCCGCCUCGCCCGCCCGCCUGCCUGCCUGCCUGCCCGCCUCGCCUCGCCUGCCUCGCCUCGCCUGCCUGCCUGCCUCCGCCUGCCCGCCUGCCCGCCUCGCUCCGCCCGCCCGCCUCGCCUCGCCUGCCCGCCCUGCCUGCCUGCUCUGCCUCCCUGCCCGCCUGCCUCGCCCUGCCUGCCCGCCUGCCUGCCUCGCGCCUGCCCGCCCGCCUGCCUCGCCUGCCUGCCUGCCUGCCUGCCUGCCUCGCCUGCCCGCCUCCCCGCCUGCCCGCCCGCCUCGCCCGCCUGCCUGCCUGCCUCGCCCGCCCGCCCGCCCGCCUGCCCGCCUCGCCCGCCUGCCCGCCCGCCUGCCUGCCUGCCUCCGCCUGCCCGCCUGCCUCGCCCGCGCCCGCCUGCCUCGCCUGCCUGCCUGCCCGCCCGCCUGCCUGCCUGCCCGCCCGCCCGCCCGCUCUCCGCCCGCCUGCCUCGCCCGCCCGCCCGCCUCUGCCUGCCUGCCUGCCCGCCUGCCUGCCUGCCUGCCUCCUGCCUCCUGCCCGCCUGCCUGCCCGCCUCGCCCGCCUGCCCGCCUGCCUGCCUGCCUGCCCGCCCCGCCCGCCUCGCCCGGCCCGCCUGCCUGCCCGCCCGCCCGCCUGCCCCGCCUGCCCGCCUGCCUGCCCGCCUGCCCGCCCGCCCGCCUCGCCUGCCCGCCCGCCCGCCCGCCCGCCUGCCUCCCGCCUCCGCGCCUGCCGCCCGCCUGCCUGCCUGCCUGCGCCUUGCCCGCCUGCCUCGCCUCGCCUCGCCUGCCCGCCCGCCUGCCCGCCCGCCUGCCUGCCUGCCCGCCUGCCCUGCCUGCCCUGCCCGCCUGCCCGCCUCGUCUGCCUGCCUCGCCUCCGUCUGCCCGCUGCCCUGCCUGCCCCGCCUGCCUGCCUGCCUGCCUGCCUGCCUGCCUGCCUGCCUGCGCCGCCCGCCUGGCCUCCGCCUGCCCGCCUCCGCCCGCCUCGCCCUUUGCCCGCCUCGCCCUGCCCGCCUGCCUGCCUACAGCUGCUCUCAAUGGAUAA